AUGUUUAACAACCAGUCACCGGGAGAGGUGCCUAUGUCACUUCAGGAGGAGUCACCAUACGUACGCACUCAAGAUUAUGUAUCUGCGCCGCGAUAUCCGACACCCUCAGCUGCAUCGCCGGGGAUAGCGCAUCCCGCUUCAUACACAUACGGCUUGGGUAAUAAUGACACCGUGAUUGUGGACGCGAAAGUUUUCAAUCGUGACACCCACGACUUUGCUGAAGGCGACUUCAUCUGUCCGAAUUUCUUCAAUCGCGUCGAUUUAGGCGGUUUUACCCGCCGUUUCAACGUCUCACAAUGGAGUUACGAAAUGCGAAGACAAGCCCAGUCUGUCCUUCCCUUCCUAUCACUGGGUCCUUCAUCAUGUCUACGUGACAUUGAUUACCUUCGCAAUCAAGGAUUUACCCUCCUACUGGCUAUCAGAAGUCGACACUCGGCCCAUGCGCGCCUUGUAUCUGGAGAUAAGGCUGCGGCAGAAGCCGGGAUCAUGGCGGAUACUGUUGAUGUCCUCGAUAACCAAGAGCUCAUUUCCGCCUUCCCUCGCGCAAUUCGUCGCAUUAACGAUCACCUGGCGGGCGUGGAUAUCGACUCUAGCGUAUCGACGCUAAAUGGUCUACAACAGAAGAGCAAGGUGCUUGUCUUUUGUGAAUCAGGCAACGAACGCUCUGCUAGCGUUGUCAUUGCCUACAUCAUGGUCAUGCUCAAUCUUCCCGCACUUGAGGCCAUCCACACAAUUCAGCAGCGACGGUUCUGCGUUUCUAUCGAAGAUCCGAUGAAACGCACUCUGGCAGCGUUUGAGUCGAUUCUUUCGGCAAAACGUGACGUUGAGCGUGUAAAACACGCUAUCCCUCCGCGAAUCAAUGUCCCUGCUACUCUUGCGCCACCAUCUCCGUCACCAGUCCUUGCGAAGAAGCGAAGCUUCCAAGACCAUCGGGAGGAUUACCACGCCAUGGACGAUGAGAUGGAAGUGGAUGGAGACGAAGACUCAUUCGUUGAAAGAAAACCCAAUGCCCCAUUUCAAGACCGCGUGGUAUAG